GUCAAAAGUGAGCGAGCUCAGUCAGAGCGGAGAGGAGAGGAGCCGCGGUUAAUCUUAAGCGGAUGAGGCGGCCGGUUUAGUUUCGAGGUGAGAAUGCAGUUCCUGGGCCGCAUCAUUGGGUCGGUGAGCAAUGUGUUCACCAACCCAUACCGGGUUCGGGAGGUCCAGCUGUCGGAGUACAGGAGUAAGGUGAAGAUGAAGCAGGAUGGGAGGACGGUGCUGUACAGGGACGCUUCUUCCCAGGCUUGGGACUGCAUCCUUAUCAUGCCAGACAGCCCAGUUAUGGCACUGAGGUUGUUCCAGGUGACGUUGGAGGAGGACGCUGCGAACUGGUUCCCCCAGUAUGCCCUCAAGCUCCGCCCCUUCUACGAAACUCUCCGUCCGCCGCUCAAACCAGAGACGCUUCAGCCAAUAAUCGAUUGCCUGCGGAGCCACCCGGACUGGAGCUCUGCCCACAUCGCUGUGGACACCGGCCAGCGUGACUGCCUGAAGCACAACUAUGUUUUGAGUCAGAUGAACGUACGGGAUGCUCUGGGCCAGACACCGCUACACCUGGCAUGCGAGCGCGGCGAGGUGAGCUGCGUGCGAGAGCUGCUAGAGGAAUGCCAGGCUCGCACCGAUAUCCGAGAUAAGAACGGCGACACGCCCAUGCACUGUGCUGCCAAGCAGGACUCGGCGGUCAUCGUAGAGGUGCUGUGCUCUCAGCUGUGCGCCGGCGUAAACGAGCUGAACCAGGUCGGAGAGACGCCGCUACACGUCGCAUGCCGUUUGGGAAAGACCGACACGGCCAAGGCGCUGAUGGGAGGUGGGGCUCGUAGCGACAUCACCGGGGGCAUCGGUUACCCGAUCCACACGGCCAUGAAGUACAGCGCCAGAGGCUGUGCGGAGGCCAUUCUGACUGUCAAUUUGAACCAGCUGCAGGCUGAGGACCCCAUAUAUGGCGGAACCCCUCUCCACUGGGCCAAGACUGCCGAAAUGUGUCGUCUGUUGCUGGACUACGGCUGCAGCGUGAAUUACCUCAGCAAAACCGGUGACAGUCCGUUACACAUAAUGACCAAGAGGGGGCGCUAUGAGGCCGCCAUGACACUACUCGUCCAUGGAGCCCAUCCCAACAUCAAAGACAUGAACGGGAACACGGCUCUGCACCUGGCCAUGAAGCUGGACCACAUGGAUCUGAUAAAAGCGCUCCUUGUGUUCGGGGCUGACGUGGAGAUCCACAACAACCUGGGAGAGACGCCAGGCCUGAUCGCGGCCCGCACCAGCAAAGGCCCCAACCGUAAGGUGUUGCUGAAGAUGCUGCAGUGUGUCGGGGUGGAGCGAUGUGGCCCACCCUGCCCUGACUUCCCAACCCCUGUCACAAACAGAGCUCCGCCCCUGUCUAUAGGGUUUAAUGAUCUCGUUCAUGUGGCAGCGGCCAUCUCUGCCAUGAGCCAAGGCUACACCGAAGUGGACGGACUCAAGACAAGCAAAAAGAUGGACAGAUUGCUGUGUCUGGAUGGAGGAGGUAUCAAAGGCCUGGUGUUGAUCCAGAUGCUGAUUGCGUUGGAGAAGGAAGCGGGUCGGCCCAUUCGAGAGCUCUUUGACUGGGUGGCUGGAACCAGCACCGGUGGCAUCCUGGCUCUGGCGGUCAUCCACGGUAAAUCGAUGGAGUACCUGCGCUGUCUGUAUUUCCGGAUGAAAGAUCAGGUGUUUAAAGGUUCGCGUCCAUACGAGUCAGCGCCGCUGGAGGAUUUCCUCAAGCAGGAGUUUGGAGAGAACACCAAGAUGACUGACGUCAAACACCCCAAAGUGUUGGUCACUAGUGUUCUAGCAGACAGACACCCCGGGGAGUUGCACAUCUUCAGAAAUUAUGACCCCCCUACUAUACCCCGAAACCCUCCAUACGCCUCCACUGCCACUUUCAGACCCCUCACAACCCCACAAGAGCAGGUUGUGUGGCGUGCGGCGCGGUCCAGCGGGGCCGCCCCCACGUACUUCCGACCAAUGGGGCGCUUCCUGGAUGGUGGGCUGCUGGCCAAUAACCCGACGUUAGACGCCAUGACUGAGAUCCAUCAGUACAACAAAUCGCUGAAGGCUCAGGGUCGGAGAGAUGAGGUGUGUCGUCUGGGCGUGGUGGUAUCUCUGGGUACGGGGAAACCUCCACAGGUGCAGGUCAACUCUGUGGAUGUGUUUCGACCCUCAAACCCACUGGAGUUUGCCAAGAGCUUUGUAGGAGUCAAAGAGCUGGGCAAGAUGCUGGUGGACUGUUGCACGGACUCAGAUGGGUGUGCAGUAGACCGAGCCAGAGCCUGGUGUGAGAUGACCGAUAUAAAUUAUCACAGACUGAGUCCUCAGCUCUCGUGUGAGGUGCUUCUGGAUGAAGUGAGUGACGCCGUUCUGGUGAACAUGCUGUGGGAGACACAGAUGUAUCUCUAUGAGAACCGGGAGCUCAUACACACCCUUGCACAACAGCUCCUGCAGCCCUGACACACACACACACACACACACACACACACACACACACACACACACACACACACACACACUGAGCUCGAGAGAGUAGAGGCAGUAAGAGAUAAAACCAAGAGAGAAGGUAAGAAUAGUGAAGGACAAAAGAUGUGCAAAGGUGUAAAAAAGAAGUCACAUGAUCACCUGUAAUCAACCAGGGACUGUGAUUGGUUCAGUGCGUGUACAACAGAAAUACUGUCUUUACAGUUCACUCUCCGAGCCCGACCACCAUUAUUAAUGAUACUGAGUUCUUGGACUGACCAAAGUACAGUAAACGUGUAAUAAAUACAAUUUUUUUUUUUUUUUUUUUUGUGGAAAUUAUGAAAUUUUUCAUUUUGAAGUUUAUUUAUUCUGGUUCAUUUGAAUUUGCACUAUCAACUGAUUUUGAUUAUUUGAUUUGGUUGUUUGAGUCCUCAUUCAGGACAUGCUGACUGUACAGACCAGUUUGCUCGAAACGUUGUAAAAAGUGUUUGAAGGAACAGUUUUAAGAAGAAUCCGCUUCACACAAUGUUUCCCAUCACCUCAAAUGUAGCCAGUCAGCCAGGACAUGGUUUUCCCAAACAUUUUCAGUUCUUUAGUUUUGUUCUCAAGGGGUGGAGUUAAUAAGAAUUAUUUUUUCGGGGGGGGGGGGAGAUCCCACCAUGUUGAGUUCUUUAGUGAUGUGGUUUAGGAUCCAGCACUGUUGAAUUCCCAGAUGUGCUUAACCAGAAGGUAUGAUGCAGCUCACUCACAGUGACUUGUACAGCACAGAGUCCACAUCUAAAAUCUUAACGUCUAAGCGUGUAAUUGUCUAUAAGGAGGCUGUUUAAUACGAGCUUCCGACUUUGCAGUUAUUCAGUAACGUGACCGUCUGCAUAUUUGUCUUAUUAGUGUCAAGAAAAAGUGAAGGACCGACUGUUUAAAGCUGCUAUAACAGGAACCAAUUUGUUUUCAGAACUUUUGCUUGAACUAUUGUAGAUUUCUAUUAUAUUGGAGCGAACACAAGCACGUCUUGGCUUUUUUUUUUUUAAUUAACUACAGUUGCGGCAAUGGGAAAUGUUCCUUUAAGUCAGUAGAUAUCCAGCGAUUUUGUUCUCCAGUUACGACAUUCACUCAACUGUCGCGUUUUCAAACCCGAUUCAUUUACAUAACUCCAUUUAAUUUGGUUCACUAAAGAAAGGAAAAUUGCAUCCAAUAUGUGAGCUUUUUGAUAUUUUACGCCGGUUUCUGCCUUCCAAAUGUAAGCCUUGUUUGACAUGUAUUUUUAUCCAAUGGUGCAAAGUUAAACCUUUAAACUUGAACAUUCGGUUUACGUUGAGUUACUUACCUGGCUAGGUGGGUCCUUUUAAUCGUAUCCAUAUUUCUUUGUUUGUUUGGGUUUUAUUAUUCUAAAACCUACUUUGUGUUUUUCCAGUAUUUUAAGUGUGGGUAUGUUGUGGUAAUUUGGGCAUAAUUCCCUACACUAUUUUUGGAAUUGAUACUGUCAAGCAAAGAAACUUCGUGGUUAUUUACUGGACAACUUUGGUUACUGACAUCAGUAUUUCCCUCUUUAAUUUAUUUUUUUUUUAAGACUUGAUCACUGACCUUGUGUAUGAUAACUGGUUUUUAUAUUCUAUCAAUUCUGAUUUAAUUUAUGACUAAUUAAUUAAAGGAGUAAUAACUAAA